GUUCUCGAGCCUGGGGAGGAUAAAGAUGCUGAAAGGACAAGGGACAUUCGAUGGGGAAGAAAAUGCUGUAUUAUAUCAGAACUAUAAGGAAAAAGCUCUGGACAUAGAUUCUGAUGAAGAGUCUGAGCCCCAGGAGCAGAAGCUGGAUGACAAGGUUGUUUUUCACUAUAAGCCCCUGAGGUCGACGUGGAGCCAGCUCUCCGUGGUGAAGAAGAAUGGACUGUCAGAAGCAAUCAGCCAGGAAGAAAGGAAAAGACAGGAGGCAAUAUUUGAGGUGAUAUCUUCUGAGCACUCCUAUUUGCUGAGCCUGGAGAUUCUGAUCCAGAUGUUUAAAAAUUCCAGGGAACUGAGCCUCACAAUGACCAAAACAGAGAGCCACCACCUCUUCUCCAACAUCACGGAUGUUUAUGAAGCAAGCAAAAAGUUCUUUGAAGAGCUGGAGGCAAGGCACCAGAGCAGCAUUUUCAUCGAUGACAUCAGUGACAUCGUGGCGAGGCACGCGGGCUCCACCUUCGACCCCUACGUGAAGUACUGCACCAACGAGGUUUAUCAGCAGCGCACCCUGCAGAGACUGCUAGCCACAAAUCCAGCGUUUAAGGAGGUGUUGUCCCGGAUCGAGUCCCACGAGGAUUGCCGGAAUUUGCCCAUGAUCUCCUUCCUCAUCCUCCCCAUGCAGAGAGUCACUCGUCUCCCCUUACUGAUGGAUACUAUUUGCCAGAAAACCCCCAAGGAUUCAGCAAAAUAUGAGAACUGCAAGCAGGCUCUGAAAGAAGUCAGCAAGCUCGUGCGUCUGUGCAACGAGGGCGCCCGCAAGAUGGAGAGGACGGAGAUGAUGUACACCAUCAACUCCCAGCUGGAAUUCAAAAUCAAGCCAUUUCCAUUGGUUUCCUCUUCACGGUGGUUGGUGAAAAGGGGAGAAUUAAUGGCCUAUGUAGAAGACACUGGACUCUUUUCCAAAAGAACCUCUAAGCAGCAGGUGUACUUCUUCCUCUUCAACGACGUCCUCAUCAUCACCAAGAAGAAGAGUGAGGAGAGUUACAAUGUCACCGAGUACUCGCUGCGGGAGCAGCUGCUGGUGGUGCCCUGUGACGGGGAGGAUCCCUGCUCCUCUCCCGGCAAGAACGCGGCAGGGAUGCUCCACUCGGGACGGAAUUCUGCGUGCCACCUCUUCAGGCUCGUGCUCCUCAGCAACCAUGCCGGGGACAGGGUGGAGAUGCUCCUGGGAGCAGAGACUCAGAGUGACAGAGCCCGCUGGAUCACGGCGCUGGGCCAGGACAGUGACGGGCACCACACGGACAGGACCACACUGGCUCAGGUGGAGAUCAUCAGAACCUACACAGCCAAGCAGGCCGAUGAGCUCUCUCUGCAAGUCGCUGAUGUUGUUUUGCUUUAUCAAAAAGUGAAUGAUGGCUGGUACGAAGGGGAGCGGCUGCGGGAUGGCCAGAGGGGCUGGUUCCCCUCCGAGUGUGCCAAGGAAAUCACCUGCAGGGCCACCCUGGACAAGAACAUGGAGCGCAUGGGACGCCUGCUGGGGCUGGAAACCAACGUGUAGCCUUGUCCUCACCCCCUACCCUGGGGGCUGCUCUGGCUGGGACUGGGGACAGCGGAGCCACAACCCAGCAGCAGCACACUGGAGCCUCACGCUGGCUCCGGCAGCUCCAAACUGAGCCCUGUCCCCACCAGCAGCACCUUGCAGCAGUGGCCUGAGCACUCUUCUGCAGCUCCUGCCUCCUUACACUCUUGCUCCAUCUGCUUUGGAGCAUCUGAACUUGUUUUCAGCCCCAGAACUCUGCAGGGGCCUGGGUCCCCUGGCCCCACACCUGGAACUGGCAGUGAGCAGCAGUGUGACACCUGCACUCGAGGGACCAGCUCUGUACUCUGUAAAGGCUGACCUACCUCUGCAGUGCAAAUCCAGGGCUGGCCCCAGCCUGGCACAGGCAGAGCCGGCACAGCCUCGGUGAGGAAUCUGCAGCUGUGCCUCCAUGAGGCUGCUCAGACUGGCUCCAUGUCCUGCUGUGGGCAAAGGAUUUCUGAAGAAAGGUACCACACUCUGCAGCGUCAGUGCUGCUGCUCCAUCUUAGCACAGGUAUUUACUGCAGAGGAACUGCUGCAAGUGGGGCAGUGGUUUCUGCUUUCCUCAGGGCUGAUGAGGUCUUGCACUUCACUCAGUGCUUCC